AAAGCUGUCAGAGACCCUUGAAAAAAAAGUGUCGAGCAGAGAGAGAGAGAGAGAGAGAGAGAGAGAGAUGCCGUAUCUGAUGAAAGUGAAGGGUUUAGCGAAAGCGCUUAGUUGCAAUCCGACACCGACAACAUCGUCGUUGUUCUUGUCUGCUUGGGGGAAAUCGGAAUUGGUUUGCCGGAGCUUUUCUUCUAGUUACUGUCGUUCAUACGCUGCUGCUGCUGCUGGGUGGAAAGGUAAUGGCGGAGGGAGAGUGGCAGGUGGUCCAUAUGCUCCUAAAACCGACGUGCUGGACGAAGACGAAGAGAUUCCUACCUCUGGAAUCAGCCGUCCUCUCUCCGAAAUCCUCAAACAACUCAACAAGAAAGUCCCCGAUUCCCUCGUCAGAGUUCGCACCGAAUCUGACGGCUUCUCCGUCAAAUACAUCCCCUGGCAUGUUGUGAAUCGAAUUAUGAAUUUACAUGCUCCAGAAUGGUCUGGUGAGGUUAGGAGCAUCACCCAUUCAGCUGAUGGCAAGACAGUGUCUGUUGUUUAUCGUGUAACACUUUAUGGGACUGAUGCUGAGAUAUAUAGGGAGUCGAUUGGAACAGCUUCAGUGGAGAAUGGAAGCUAUGGAGAUCCAGUGCAGAAGGCAGAAGCAAUGGCAUUUCGCCGAGCUUGUGCUCGCUUUGGUCUGGGGCUCCAUCUUUAUCACGAAGACUUGUCUUAGCAAAACAUAUAUAUAUAUAUAUAUAUAAUCGGCAAAUUUUAAUGUAACGGGUGACAAAUUUUAGUUGGCAAUUAGCAUUUGCUUCACCUAAUUGCUUCAUGUUUUUGAGAGAAUUAUAGUACUCCUCGUAUUAUUUUGAUGUAAACGGUAAACCUGUCCUCUGGUUUUA